AUGUUUAUCUCGUCAUACCGGUUUAAGUCUUGGCUGAGGUGGUCGCCGUUGCGCGGCUUCCUGUGCUCGUUGGCGGUCGCCGUCGGCCAGGGCAGCACGUGGCGGGGCCCGCGCGCAGCCUUCCGCCACGGCGGUCUCGUGUACGCGCUCAUUGCGACCGCCGCUUCGGUGGCCCUGGCGCUGCCGCUCGCCACGCUGCAGCUGGCUGUCGGGCAGCUGAGCCAGCAGGACGCCGUGGGCGUGUGGGGGGCGGUGCCCUUCUUCAAAGGGGUCGGUUACCUGAGGCUCGCAAUUUCCAUGCUUACAUCGAUCCAUACGAUUAUUUACGUUGCUCUGAUCACGACCUACUUCUUCUACACCAUAAGUAACUCAAUACCGUUCUGGGAAUGCCAGUACAUAGUAGUACCGGACGAGACCGAAACACGUGCCGCGAACGCGUCGAGCUGUUUCAACGACACGUUCCUGGCGCCGGUGGGCGAGAGGCCCGAGUACUUCGUGGCGCUGGCGAUGAUAGUGGCCGUGCUGUCGGCGGCGCUGCCCCUCCUGCUGUUCGGUCCGCUUAAAAGCGUGAAGCGGCUGUUUUACGCGGCGGGCCCCGCGGUGAUCGUGGUUGGGGUCGCCGUGCUCUCCUCGAUCGGGGACAGGGACGCCCUCUCCGCCUUCCACAGCCGCGCGGAUGUCCAGAGUCUGUUGACGCCCCACGCGUGGUACGGCACCGUCGUACAGGCCCUGGUAGCCUCUCAGACGUCAAACGGAUACCUGAUAUUGGCCGGCGACACCAUCUACUCGAAUAUGGACGUUCAGUGGACAGCAUUGGUGCUGGUGGGGCUGAACGUGGCCGCCGGUUGGGGCGGCCUCCUGUUUUGGUACGCGAUAGUCUCCCCGGGCGAGCUGGACACGAGCCCAGUCGCCGUGCUGGUCGAGACGUACCGCCUGGCAGUGGAAAGGGAGCUCAACGUCGCAUGGCCCCUGCUCAUAUUCUUCAUGCUGUUCCUCUCCGGCAUAGUUACCAUGCUGACGUUGCUUUAUCCGAUAUACGACCGCUGUCGCCGAGUCGGUGGGCCCAAGUGGCGGUACGUGGCGAUCGGGUGCUCGUGCGCUGGCGCUGCGGGGGCGCUGGCGGCCCUCGCCGGGGGCCUGCCCGCCCUCAGCGGCAUAGAGGACGUGGCCGUGCCCCUUCUGAUCGGGGUCGCCACCGUGCUCGAGGUCCUGGCCUUCCUCCUGAUUUAUGGUCGGAAGACGCUCGUGGAGGACGUGGAGUUCCUGAUCGGGGGGCCGAUGAUGAGGUGUUGGACGCCGGGGUGGUUCGCGGUGCCGUGCGCGGUGCUGCCCCUGGGGCUGUGGUGGGCGGUCGAGCUGCUCGCCGAGCCCGCCAAUUGGGCGGCGGGGUCGCGGGGGGCGGUGUGGCUGGUCACCGCCGCUGGGGGCGCUUUCGCCCUCGUGCUCGUGUUCGCGUGCGCGGCCGUCGCGCAGCAGGUGCAUUACGACGCCCUCGCGAAGUUGCAGUCGUCUUUCAGACCGUCGAGGCACUGGGGUCCCCGGGACCCGAUAACGCACUAUUAUUGGCUGGCGCGUCGCGAACAGCUGGAGAGGAACCUGCCUAGGACCGCGUAUAGGCGCCAGCUCGGCCGCUAUUCGGGGGACGCGAGUCGCAUGAACAUCUCCCGAACAGACGUGGCGAAGGAAACGCCUUUGGAGAACAAGAAGCGCUCCAACUCCGACGAUUGGCUGUUCACCGUGUGCAGGAGGAGUUAUUUGAGACAGGCCUACCCGCAGCUCGUCGCUGGAAGAAAUAAAAGAUCCAAGUCCUUAGACUGGGCUGCGUCCUCCAGUUUAGGGUCGAAAGGGUCCAGCGUCUUCGAACAAGGCUCCCAGAUCAUUGCCGUCAGCGACCUAGCCCCAGCUCGCGAGAUAAAUAACAAUGUUUCAGAAUCUAAUAAAAAUUCCGCCGCGGUGACUAGA